UGACUCCUCCUCCUCCUCCAGCAUCCCUCAUCCUGCAGGACCAAGCAAAUUCUCCAUCACUAAACCCUCACCCUGAGCAUGGCCCGGAACCGCAAGGAGAGGAACAGCUGGGGUGGAUUUUCAGACAGAGCAUAUGAUUGGAGCUCUGAAGAGGAGGAGUAUGAGAAGAAAGCCCAGCCGGUACAAGUCCUUGUGGUUAAAGAUGACCAUUCAUUUGAGCUGGAUGAAGCGGCGUUAAACCGUAUUUUACUAUGUGAAGCUGUCAGGGAUAAAGAGGUUGUUGCUGUAUCUGUCGCUGGUGCAUUUCGAAAGGGGAAGUCCUUCCUGAUGGAUUUCAUGCUGAGAUACAUGUACAAAACGGAACCUGUCGAUUGGCUUGGAGAUUAUAAUGAACCCUUAUCAGGCUUCUCGUGGAGAGGUGGCUCGGAAAGAGAAACCACAGGAAUUCAGAUCUGGAGUGAAAUCUUUUUGGUGGAGAAACCCGAUGGGGGUCAGGUGGCAGUCUUACUAAUGGACACCCAGGGGACAUUUGAUAGUCAAUCAACUCUAAGAGACUCGGCUACAGUUUUUGCACUCAGUACUAUGAUCAGUUCCAUACAGGUAUACAAUCUGUCCCAGAAUGUCCAGGAAGAUGACCUGCAGCACUUACAGCUUUUCACAGAAUACGGCAGGCUGGCAAUGGAGGAGACCUUCCUUAAACCCUUCCAGUCGCUGAUUUUUCUCGUGCGUGAUUGGAGUUUCCCCUAUGAGUUCCUUUAUGGAUCAGAUGGUGGAUCCAAGUUCCUGGAAAAGCGUCUAAAGGUCUCUGAAAACCAACACGAGGAGCUGCAGAAUGUUCGAAAGCACAUCCAUUCCUGCUUUACCAACAUCUCCUGCUUCCUUCUGCCACAUCCAGGACUUACCGUGGCCACCAACCCCAACUUCGAUGGGAAAUUGAAAGAGAUAGAUGAAGAAUUCAUAAGAAACCUCAAAGUGUUUAUUCCAUGGUUACUGAGUCCGGAGCACCUCGAUAUUAAAGAAAUCAAUGGGAACAAAAUAACCUGCCGGGGUCUUGUGGAGUAUUUUAAGGCUUACAUCAAAAUAUAUCAAGGAGAAGAAUUACCGCAUCCCAAAUCCAUGUUGCAGGCCACGGCAGAAGCCAAUAACCUUGCAGCUGUUGCCACAGCAAAAGACUUGUACAAUAAGAAGAUGGAAGAGGUGUGCGGUGGUGACCGUCCAUUCCUGGCCCCCACAGACCUGCAGAGUAAACACCAGGAGCUGAAAGAAAACUCAGUGAAACUUUUUCGGGGGGUAAAGAAAAUGGGUGGAGAGGAAUUCAGCCGCCGUUACCUGCAGCAACUGGAAAACGAAAUUGACGACCUUUACGUCCAGUAUAUCAAGCACAAUGACAGCAAGAAUAUUUUCCAUGCGGCCCGUACGCCAGCGACACUCUUUGUGGUCAUAUUCAUCACUUACAUUUUGGCUGCAGUCACCGGGUUCAUCGGCCUAGACAUUAUUGCCAGUCUGUGCAAUAUGAUAAUGGGACUGACUCUUAUCACAUUGUGUACAUGGGCUUAUAUCAGAUACUCUGGGGAAUAUCGAGAGCUGGGCGCCGUAAUAGACCAAGUGGCAGCUGCCUUAUGGGACCAGGGAAGCACCAAUGAGGCUCUUUACAAGCUAUACAGUGCUGCAGCUACACAUAGGCACUUGUAUCAUCACGCGUUCCCAGCACCACAGACAGAAGCAGACAACGAAGCAUAGAGUAAAAACAACUAGCUGUCCUCAUCUUCUCUGAUGCUGUAGGGAGGCCAAGAGAGAUUUGUCAUCGGUACAGUUUUCAGGCCAUCCAGGAAAAGGAAAGAUGCAUGAGCAUUAGUAUACACCUAUUGGUAUCAACCUUUCCAUUGUAUCCAUAACUGGAGAAAAAAAUGAAGGUUAUCUACUGAGCUCCCAACGCGUUUCAAAAUGACAGAAUCCAGGAAUAUACAAAUUCUAAGUCAGCUUGCAGUAUAGUGAUUUAAAGGUAAGUUGCAAUUGUGCUACCUGGCCCAAUACCAUAUACAGUACCAACCACGGAAAUUAUGACUAUACGGCUAAUGUUCCAUCACACCCUUCAAACAUGAGAUGUUGCCAUAGGUUGGUCCAUUUUGACAGUACCCCUACAUUAAUAUGGAGAUUCCUGGGUAUUUUUUCCCCUUUCAUUCACCCUUUGCUACCUGCCGAUAGUGUUCUGUGACUGCCCCAUUGCCUGCUGCUUAUACUUCUGCAGAUUUAUUUUUUUAACCCUCAAAUAACCAGAAGGUGAAAGAAGCUGCUUUCCGCUGAUUUUUCACUUACGUAAAUCUGCUCUCACAAAAAAACAAAAACAGAGCUUAGUAAAUAACCACAUUUGAGAGCAGCUUUCAUUUUACUAGCAGCGGUUAAAUGCUUUACUUUCCAUGGGUUGAGCAACAACACAAUGCAAAACCCUCUGUCACCAAGUAAAUGGACAAAUAUAUCAUUUGGAAAGUCAUCGUUCAAUCACAUGCCAAGGACGACGUACUGAACUCUGCAGCGGUACAACUCUGGUGGCGGGAAACAUGAAAUGGAUAAUCAAGUUGAUAACGAUGGAACGGGGCUGUACUGGCUCUCACAAACUUGCAACACUAUUUAUGCUAUGUUUCAGUCUUCACUAAUGCGUAAAAUACUCACGGACAACAUUUUAUGUUAAUGUAUCACAUGUACACCCAUAUUGCGGAUAUCUUUGUUCUUCAACUAAAUAAAAUACAAAUAUUAAAAAUUGAAA